AUGAAUUGGGGAGGUGGAGGAGGAAGCAGAAACCACAAAGACAUCGGAAACUUCCCCGAGUGUGGCGGCUACCACCAAUCCCACCACCAACGUUUUGGCGGCGCGGUAGUGAAAAUUGUUGUAGUGUUCGUGCUGAUCGGUCUUACUUUAGUUUUCGUAAAUAAAUCGGAUAAUUCUACUCUUUUCAUGGACCGAUUCUCUAAACCGAGUCAAAAAAUUCUAUCUCCUCCGUCUUUCGAUGUUGUUCAAGGAGAUGAGUUCAAAUCUGAAGAUUUAUCACCCUAUGGAAACUUGGAGAACACGUUGAAAAGGGCAGCCAUGGAAGACAAUAAAACAGUAAUAAUAACAACAUUAAACGCAGCAUGGACCGAACCAAAUUCAAUAUUCGAUUUAUUCUUGGAGAGUUUCAGAAUCGGGAAUGGGACACAGUAUCUUUUGAAACAUUUGGUGGUUGUCGCUUUGGAUCGGAAAGCGUACUCCCGUUGCAUGGACGCAAAUCUCCACUGCUUUGACCUCGCCGGCGAUGGGGUUGACUAUUCCGGCCAGGUGUAUUACAUGACCAGCAAUUAUUUGAAGAUGGUGUGGAGGAGAACCGAUUUCCUGCGCACCGUUCUUCAGUUGGGCUACAAUUUUGUCUUUUCGGAUGCUGAUAUAAUGUGGCUAAGGGAUCCAUUUACAAGAUUCUACCCGGAUGGAGACUUUCAAAUUGCAUGCGAUAAUUAUAACCACAACUCAACAGAUUUGGGCAAUUUUCCGAAUGCAGGAUUUACCUAUGUGAAGUCGAACAAUCGGACUAUCGAGUUCUACAAAUUUUGGUACAAUGGAAUAUAUUAUUUUCCCGGUAAGAACGAGCAAUACGUGUUGAACAUGAUAAAGUUCAGCCCGUUUAUCUCGGAAAUCGGGUUGGAUAUCCGGUUCUUGGACACUGCUUAUUUUGGCGGGUUUUGUGAACCCGCCAAAGAUCUGGAUCUGGUUGUGACUAUGCAUGCGAAUUGUUGCGUCGGGUUGGGAAAGAAGAUCCAUGAUAUUAAAAUUUUAAUUGAUGAUUGGAAGAGAUAUUCGGGAAAUAAUUCGAGUCCGGUUUCUUGGACGGUUCCAAUUGAAUGCGGUUUGAAAAAUUCGACUAAUUGA